GCCUGGAGCUUGGAUGUAGCCUUGGCGCAGCGAUGAGCUCCACUAGCUCGGGAACUUUCUCAGAACAACAAAGCGCGUCGCUUCAGAGAGUCGAGCUAAUGGUCGCAUGCUUGUCGCUCGACUAUCCAGAGCGCCAGGCACCAUCUCCUUGCAUCUCCGCCGUUUCAAUCACCUUCACAUCCUUCCGCCUAGCCUAGAACGGCCUGUUUGCUCUUUCCCAAAACACACCAAGGCUAGCACGCGCACCCGCGCUCGUCCUCCGAUGCAUAUAUGAAUAAGCUGAGAACUCCGACGCGCGACACCAAGCCGAGCCUCCUACGCGCCAGAACCUGUUCGGCCUGCAAAUCCUGCAGAAUGUCUAAGAUUCCCGCGCCGGCUGUCGAGGCUGGGCCCGAGGUGCCCGAAGUCGAAACAGAGCAUCUAGGCUUCAAGGUCCUCAACCAGGGCAAACAGGGCCCCAAGAAGGUCAAGAUCCUGCCCCAGCCAUGGCCUGCCGACAAUCUGCCUCCUGCUUGCGCCAACCUCCUCUCCGUCGCCUCCAAACCCGCCCUUCUCGCUGCUGCCGGCCCCAACAUCCUCGUCAUCGCGUCCACAGACUCCGUGCGCAGCGCCUUCCAGAACAAGACCAUAGCCGAUGAGAUCGCAAACGCCGAUGACCCGCGUCUUGAAGAGCGCGACAUUGACGUCGUAGCAGACUUCACGCCCGAUAUCACCAUCUCCACUCCCAACCUACGCCAUGUCGCUUUCUCCGCCGAUGGAGACUUCUUGGUUACAUCUGAUGAGGCCGAAGGCGGCGUCACUGCGUAUAGCGUUGCGAGUGUCGUUAGCCAAGGCAAGAAAGACGCGGACACGAAACUGGCGACUGACGCCCCGGUUCGCGCACUCCUCCCAAACCCCUCCGCCGAAUUCGAACAAUACUUCGCCAUAGUCCUCGAUAACGGCAAGUUCGAGAUAUGCGAUGUGGAGAAGGGCGUCAAGAAGACGAUCCGAGAGGCACACGUCAACUGCGCCGCUUGGAGCGCGCGUGGAAAGGCUGUAGUCUCUGGCUCUAUUGACGGCACCUGCGCUAUACACAUGACCGCUGGAGACCUAAGGGGUGUUGUCCCUCGACCUCCAGAUGUGGACGAAAGCUACGAGGUGACCGGCGUGUCAUGGUUGAAAACUGAAGAGUUCCUUGCGGUCUACUCUCUGAAGGAACAAGACCAGGACAACCCGGAGCAAAAGAAGUACAGCGUCAUCAAAUCAGCCAAGGGCUGGGGAUCUUUCACUUACCAUUCCUUUGUCUGGGAUCCUCUUCCCGAGGCAUUCGAAGCUCCACGCCGCCUACUACCUGCACGUAUCUCGUCCACACGCCUACAAAAUUGGAAGCCUUAUCUCGACGACAUGCUCAUUAUCACUUCCUCCCACGCAGACUCCAUCGCGAUACUUGCCUCCACAAGCAACAAGAUCUCCCCGGAUCAACAGACCUGCAACGAGCUCAUGAUGGUCAACGUGGACGAUACGAAGAAGGCUCAGGUGCCGCGAACCGCUUAUGGAGACGAGGAAAUGGACAGCGUCUUUAUUGGUGAGGCGCUUGAUCUUUCGAGCAAGGAGAAGAUACUGCGCCCCAUUCCCGCCCUGGAAGAGAUCAACGAGGCGCCGUGGCCGCUCCCUGCAUACAUGGCUCUGACCCAUGAAGGUCUUCUUGCGGCCUGGUGGGUUAUGUGGAACAAGUCUAUCGAGGCUGGCGAACGCUAUCCUGGUCUCAUCUUCAAGAGCGAAGCCACACAGCAUGCGCCAUCUUCUACUCCAAGGGCAUCUACGCCUGCAUCCAAGCUUCCUGUUGCUACAUCUACCCCUUUCAGCAAGUCCAUGGGAACACCUGGCACCCCAGGAACUGCUGGUAUCCCCCAAUUUGGCAACACUGGAAACGGAUUUGGCACACCAACUCCCGCUCUGAUGAAGCCCACACCGCCGGGCUUUGGAACCCCUGGGUUUGGUACUGCUGCUACCAACUUGCCUGCUCCAACUUUUGGUAAACCUCCACAGCCUUCAUUCGGUGCUUCAUCUUCAAUUGGUAAGCCUCCUCAGCCAGCUUUUGGUGCUCCUUCUGCAAUCGGCACCCCCGCCAAACCUGCCUUUGGUGCUCCUUCUGCAGUGGGUGCUGGCUCCGGAUUCGGCGCAGUAGGUGGAAUGGGCGGCAAAGCAUCUCCAUGGGGAGCGACUUCUCAAACUCCGGAGUCAAAAUCCAAUCCAUUCUCGGCCGCUGCUGGUGGUUCGUCUGGAUUCGCCAAAUUUGGAGGUGCUGGAGGGUCAAACUCGUUUUCGAGCUUUGGAAGCAACAACUCCGCACAAGCUGGCUCGGGAUUCGGAGCACUUGGGCAAGGACAGCAGAAAUCUGGCUUUGGAGGUCUGAAGACAGAGCCAAGCUUUGGUUCUACUGUCACUGUUGGCUCUGGGACUGGAUCUUCGCUACCCUCCUGGGCGAACACGCCCGCUCAGCAAAGCAGCUCGAUCUUUGGACAGCCAGACAAGUCAUCGUUCAAUACGGCCUCGUUUGAGUCGAAGGACUCCGAUGCUAGCGGGGCAAACGACCGAAAGAGGGACGAGGCUACACCUACACCACAAGCUCCGUCCCAAAGCUUGUUCGGCCUUGCAGGUGGCUUCAAGCUCAGCACUACUUUUGCAAGUGACGGCACAGCUAAGGAUGAUCCAGCGAAGCCUGCGGCUCCUGCUAACGGUUCCUUCUUCGGCAGUGACUUCUCCAACAUGCUAGGAAAGACGGGGAUGAAGCCGCCCGCAACCCCAGCGAGCGAAAACCCCCCACAGUACAUCUCCACGACACCAGCAUCCCCGCCAAAGCAGAAGUCAUUAUUCCCCAGUGACACUCCUGCAAAGGAGAGCGCAACCCCCAAGGCCGCACCCCCUGUGCAAGAGCCCGCUACUCCGGUGGACGACGCGCCUUUGCCACCAGACUUCACCAAGGCUAAGCCGGCGAAGACUGAGGAUGCACCUCUACCUCCAGACUUCAUCAACACAAAGCUGCCGAAUUCGACUAGCGACGAUUUGCCUCCGCUCGCUGGUAGUCCUGGCGUAGAGGUGGAAGCACCUAGUUCGUCUGGAGAUGUAUCUCCUAUUGACAACGAGGACGAGGAAGAACAUGAUCACGACCAUGAUGACGAGAGCGACGAGGAUGAUGAGGAAGGCUUCUCUGAUGAGGACGAUGAGGAGGUUGAAGAAGUCGACGACACGUACCCGCCAAACAAGACAUCAAAGCCGCAACCUGCGAAGUCGGGUACCUGGAGCUUCCAGGACAGUGUGAAUCAGUCACGACAGUUCUUCCCCCCUGCACCGACUCCUCCAACAAUGAAGUCCGGCGCCACAUCACACUCAGGAAGCAGCGCUUCACCAGCCCAGCCUUCUUUAUUCGCUCAGCACUCGAAACCUGCCACCAACCAACCACCGUUCUCAGGCUCAUCGCUGUUCGGACAGCAACCAAACAAAGGCCCCUUCUCUGGUAAACCCGACCAAUCAUCCAUGUCUGCGAAACCGAACUUCCCGCCUCCAACGAGCCGCGCGCAAGACCUUCGCUCGCCUAGCCCAGCUCGUUCGAGCUCAGCUUCUCGUCUCCGACGAGAACCUUUGGUCGCACCGGGUGCUUCAUUGAGCUCAUCCAUGCAGGGAUCUAAGCCGCCCACGCCACAGCCACAGGUCUCUGAUCUUGAAGAUGAGGAGGACGAGCGGAUACGCGCACAGCUUGCGCAGCCGAUCGAGCCGAGCCGGAACCUGGAGGAGUUUGUCGCAUACCAGAACUACACUGGUGGUAAAUCACCUAGCAAGACAGGUCACGCCGCUCAGAUCGAGUUGAUUUACAAAGAUAUCAACGGUAUGGUGGAUGCACUUGGCUGGAACGCUCGAUCUAUCAAGUCGUUUACACAAUACCACCUGCAGCCCCAGUCUGGUCACCAAAUCGAUCGACGUAUGCUGGAUGAUGUCCAAGACGAGGGACCUCACGGCUCCUGGUUCGAGAACUUCACUUUAUGCGAGAUUCAAGCCUUGCGAUCUCUUGAAGAUCAGCUUGAACAAGAGCUAGAUGCUGGACGGGUACAGGACGUGCUCGUCAAGCUCACACAACUUGCUCGUCUUCUUCACGACAAGGCCAAGCUUAUGACUCGUCUUAAUGAUAUCCGCCGCCAGAUCAUCAACCGCAAGGACCCCGAAAAGGCAGAAGCUCUCCGAAAGGCACCAUUACCAAAGGAGCUUGCUGAUGGACAGAAGGCUCUGCGCAAUGACUAUGCUCAGCUUUUGACGUCGCUACGCAAGGCUGAAGAUGCAGUCGCAGUCCUACGCUCACGUCUGGUGUCCCACAACGCUCAGAACGGCAGCACUAAGUCAGUGCCUUCUAUGGAGGCUGUCAAGAAGACCGUUCUCCGGUUGGCCAACCUUGCUGAGCAAAAGAACAACGACAUUUUAGUCCUAGAGGCACAGUUGCGCAAGAUUGGUCUCGCAGACUCCAGUCGUCCUUCCUCGUCUUCAUCGCGCAACGCCGGUACGCCCCGACGAUCACGCGGUACGGAUCUCCGCCGUAGCAUCGCUGAUACACCAUACGCCACCCCGCCUACCAACCGCAACAAGAUGACUUUGACCGAGCUGAACCGUCGUGCUCUGACCCCCGAAGUUGAAAGUCCGCCUACGCCCAGCAAGGGCUAUGGCCUGUUCUACACACCCGAAGGCAGUCCGACAUCAGGCAAAGAGAUCGCGCGUUUGAGCGACCUGGUCGACGACAACAUUGAUAGCUUGCGACAGACCGCCAGGACAAGGAAGCAGGUUGCUAAGGGUCUUAAGAACGCCCUUCUCGACCGUGGAAUCAAGGUCACAAAGGUUAAUUGAGUGGUACAUUCUGUCGAUAUGGGUGUUGGGUUAUGAUUGUGUAUGAUUAAGCGUAAUUGUUAUUUGGGACGUUUGGAUAGCGAUUGCAUGCAUGGGGGAUGGAUGGAAAAGGGAAAUGUAAUACAUCUUGCAUAGAUAGAGCGAGCGUUGCAAUGCAUUGAUAUUGGCUGCGGUUAAUCCAG